AUGUCUACUGCCACUGAAACAACAACGGGCGGCAGAGACUUCGGGGAAUUCCCAGCGACUCGUGAAGGAAAUCGAGUUCUCAAAGUGAAGAAAGGAGGCAUGGCAUUUUCCAUCGACGACCUUUCAAAACGCAUGUAUCGCCUUGGCCGGUUUGUCAAUUGCCCAUCAAACUUAGAGCCACUGAUACAGGACCUGGUCAAAGCUGGAUUUUUCUACACUGGAAAGGAAGACAAGGUGGAAUGCUUCUCGUGCAAAGGAGUGAUCGGUAAUUGGAAGUCAGGUGACUCGGCCAUUGCAAAGCAUUUGCAGAGUUUUCCAAAUUGUACAUUUGCUCGGUCGUUGGCACAAGCUACAGAUGCUCAGACCUCCGCUGGAGCAUCUGUACCAAGACAUGUGGUGGCGGCUACCAACAACGCAUCCGAAAUCACCCAUCAUCACUCUCUGAACGAACCACCUCUGCAAAACUCUCCAACUUCCUUGCCACACGUGGAGGCAGGGGCACCAUCGAAUUCAGAGAUGCGCGUCGAAGCAAACAGGCUGCUGUCAUUCUCCACGUGGCCAGAGUCAUCUCCUGUCCGGCCGGCGGACUUGGCACGGGCCGGACUGUACUACUUGGGUCCCAGCGACCGGGUGAGGUGCUUCUAUUGCUGCGGCGUCAUGUCUCACUGGGAGGAGGGAGAUGUCCCUGUCAAGGAGCACGAGCGACAUUUCUCCACCUGUGCUUUCGUGAUGGGCUGCAGCGACACCGGUAACAUCCCACUCGCUCAGGCCCAGCAGGCCUCAUUUUUGCCGGACACUCAAAGCCGUGCGCGUUCUGCAUCUCCUAUGGCGAGGACGCGGGCCAGAAAUCCAAAAAUGCAUUUGAUGGUGGCCCGGCUUGCAACCUACCAGGCCUGGCCAUCCACUGCCAAUGUAGCUGCCCAUUCACUCGCAAUUGCUGGCUUCUAUUACACCGGUGAUGGAGACAAUGUGAAGUGCUUCCACUGUGACGGUGGUUUACGCAACUGGGAACGAGGAGACAACCCUUGGUAUGAACAUGGCAAGUGGUUUCCCAGAUGUGCAUUUCUUUUACAACAGAAGGGUGAAGCUUUCGUUAAUGAAAUAAUGAUGCAGCAUCCACGGUUGUCAGAACUUAUGGAUGAGGUAUUCAGACAGAGAUCACAGAAUGCAUCAGCACAAGAUGUGAAUGGCAUCGGCUGCGCUGAUGAGACCUUGAUGAAGAGCGAUGUGGUCAAGGGUGUGCUUGAGAUGGGCUUCCUUGCACCGGUGGUGGAAUCUCUGAUGCGCACUCGCUACCUCACUAAGGGGGAGACGUACAGCUCUGUCGUUGAGCUCGUCAAAGACCUGCUUAAUGCAGAAGAAGAAUCCCCGAAGAAAUCCGCAAAUUACGUUCAGGAACAACAGAAGCCUGCUGCUGCUGCUGAGAAAAAGGAACUAAAAAAUGAAGAAUCGCUGCUGCUGGAACAGGAGCUCAAGCGGCUACAGGAACAGCACACGUGCAAGGUGUGCAUGGACAAGGACGUGUCCGUUGUGUUCGUGCCGUGCGGGCAUCUCGUCGUGUGUCAGGACUGCGCCGUCUCUCUGGGCAAGUGCCUCUGCCGUGCGGUUGUCAGAGGGACAAUUCGUACGUUUAUGUCGUAG